AUGUGUUCGGCUGUGGCUGGUGGCCGGGCGGUGGUGGUGGUGGUGGUGGUGGUUGCCUGCUCGCACACAGUUUUUCUAUUUUCCACCGUAUCAGCAUCAGUCACCUUCCUCACCAACAUGUCUCCGUACCUCGCGGUCGCCAUCUUCCAUCCUCGCUAUGGCAACUUCCAGCAUUGGGCCCUCCAUCUUCACUCCGACACCGAGGAUCACCUGUUCGAAGUCGACGGGGAGCACCCAGGUUUCACCAAAGUCACUUCCCACGGCCACCCCCGGAAUAUCCCCAUGUACAUCCAGUCAAUCAGGGUCUCGGACAUUGGCAGUGUGGACAUCCCCACUAUCCAGGCUGUCGUGGACGCCGCCCUGGUAGACAACGAGACCCUCGAGUGGGACUGCCAGGACUACGUGCUCGAACUCCUCGAGGGGUUCGAAUGCGAGGCGGUCAUUGAUGAUGAUAACCCCGAUUAUCUCGAGGCAAUCGAGAUUCUUCGCAGUAAGCGGGGUCCGAUCCUAUGA